CUCGUAAGCGUUUUCUCCUCUAUUUUAUAAUCGGCUUCGGCGGAGCUUCAUCUACCUGAAUCUCGACGUUACGGAUGUGACCGAGUUUACGAUUGUGCUCGAAUAAUAGUGAAGGCUUGAAGACAGAAGCAAGAAACGAAAUUCUUCUCGUCCUUAGCCAAUUGGCAUUUACAAGAUGGCACUUUGAAGAAAGCUUUAUAUCUCGAUACUUGAUAUCUUAUAACAUUCUAUGAAAAGCUCUAUCUUUACCUACGAAGUGUACAAGAGAAAUUUUAUAGAGUCUCUAAUGUUCUCUCGCAUAAAUUUCUAGACUUAUUUUCGUAAUUGUGAUCAUUUUUAGUCUUUAAAAUACUUUUUCUCGUUAUCAUUAAAAAAUAACGUUUCGUUACUCGUUAUGUGAACUAUUAGUGAGAAUUGGAUCCGGUUCGAUAGAAACACGUAUUGUUUUAUCGACGAGCAAUGUCAUUGAUAGCCGUCUCUUCGAGGAGUGCACUCGUAUCUGUGUAUAGACUCAACGGAGAGCUCGAAAACUAGAGAAUGUAGUGUCCUGCUUGCUGGCGGAGAUUCAAGCUCAGGCUUUUGCGGCGGCCAACCGAGCCGAAACAGGUGGAAGAUCUCCGGCGCGAUACUCUGAAGAGUACCACGAAGAGCUAUCGCGUGACUAUCGAUGAUGGUGGAAGGCACGUUGCCAGAACGCGGUUGGUUGGCCCGGCGCGCAUCUUCGUUCGGAUCAUGCUCUGCUGCGUGCCGGUCAUCACUUCGUUAAGCUCAACACUUUUUUAAAGAGAUCGAGCUAGAGAAAGAGAGAACCUUGAGGAAUGCUAAGCGUGAAAUGACGAUUUUUAGGAUCGUUCUCGAGCUUAGGCCGUCGACGCCGACGUCAUCAUCAUCGUCGUCCGUCGUCGUCGUCGUCGUCGUCAUCGUCGUCGUCGUCGCGAUGUUGGAGGGGCAAAUGUUAUUUGGCUAGUUAGUUACAUCUCUCCGAUGCGAUUUUAUAACGAAUGCAGCGAGACAUUGAGACUCGACAAGAAUCUGUUUCGAUAUUUGCAUUUUGAAGAACAAGAGCGACGAUAAAAGAUCUUUGCAUAAACCAAAUUUGUUUUCCCGCAAGAGGAAAGAUUGUUGAGAAGAUUAAAUAUACACAGCUGUGUGAGACGAGUAGAAAAAUAAAUAAAUUCGUAGAUAAAUAAAUGAAAUAAGUAGAUGGAAGUAGAAGGAAAUAGAAAGGAUAGUAAGGAAGAGGAUAAUGAGUAGAUCUUGGAUUUAAAAACUAAGAUCUGAUUAAAGGAACGUUAGAAGCCGAGAACUUGAAUUAAAUCUAGAAAUUAGCAAUGUGAUCGUUCUUUGAAAGAAAUCUAGGUCAGUAGUCGUUACUAUUCGAUCGUGCGACGAGUUUGAAGAAGCAUGAAUCAAACAAAUGUCAGUUCGAACUGAUUUAAGAAGAUCCGUGGCAAGAAGCAGCGUAUUCCGCGCUGUGUGGAGGAAACACAAAUUAGAGGAGAAAAAAGUCUUUAAGUUUAAAAGAUUUAUUGGAUCUCUUUGUAAAAAAAAAUCUUUUAAGAGUUGCUAAUCGCAAAUAUAAAAAGAUCAUUUCAAGUUCAUUGCAAGAAAGAUAACUGAAGUAAUCGUCGAGAUGGCUACGAAUGUUUGAGUGACAAGCAGUGCCACAAAUUUCAGUUUGUAAAUGUUCGAAUUGGCAAAAAGAAAAAAACGCUUUACAUGAUUCAAGGAUCUUAUUCAUCGUCAAAGCAAGUAUCUACCGUAAGUGAUUGAUACGGGUCGGAUCAUCGAUGUUGGACUUGUUACAUAUAUAGAUCUGGAUCGUCAAGAUUUGUACAGGGAAUCGAUUUGACGUGUCAAGAGUAGAGUUGCCGACGCUUCGGGUACGGUCAACGCUGGCUCUCCCGCUACCCUGAAGGAAGAUUCCACCUUCAAGUAUGGCCUCGGUGGCAGCGUGGCUGCCAUUCGCCCGUGCGGCGGCGAUCGGUUGGGUACCGAUCGCCACACACCCACUGCCACCGCCGCCGAUCCCGAAAGACCGGCGCAAGGCUGACGACGAGAAGCUGCUGAUCAACGUGAGCGGCCGUCGCUUCGAGACGUGGCGCAACACCCUGGAGAAAUAUCCGGACACGCUACUCGGUUCGAACGAGCGUGAAUUCUUCUACGACGAGGAGAGCAAGGAGUACUUUUUCGACCGGGAUCCAGACAUCUUCCGGCACAUUCUCAAUUAUUAUAGAACCGGCAAACUACAUUAUCCGAAGCAUGAGUGCCUGACGAGCUACGAUGAGGAACUUGCAUUCUUUGGUAUCUUGCCGGAUGUGAUUGGCGAUUGUUGUUACGAGGACUAUAGGGAUCGCAAACGCGAGAACGCCGAACGGCUGAUGGACGAUAAGUUAAGUGAGAAUGGUGACCAAAACCUCCAGCAGCUGCUCGACAUUCGGCAGAAGAUGUGGCGGGCCUUCCAGAAUCCGCACAUUUCUACUGCCGCAUUGGUAUUCUACUAUGUCACCGGAUUCUUUAUCGCCGUGAGCGUACUUGCGAACGUGGUGGAGACUGUGCCGUGUGGCAAUCGUCCGGGCCGUGCCGGUACUCUUUCAUGCGGCGAGCGUUACAAGAUCGUAUUCUUCUGCCUGGACACAGCGUGCGUAAUGAUUUUCACCGCCGAAUACCUGCUCAGGCUGUUCGCCGCACCCAGCCGAUGCAAAUUCGCGCGCUCCGUGAUGUCGAUAAUUGAUGUGGUCGCGAUACUGCCGUAUUACAUCGGACUCGGAAUCACCGACAAUGAUGACGUGUCGGGCGCGUUCGUGACGCUACGCGUGUUUCGCGUGUUCCGUAUCUUCAAAUUUUCACGCCACUCGCAGGGAUUACGUAUUCUGGGUUACACUCUAAAGUCCUGCGCUUCCGAGUUGGGUUUUCUCGUGUUCUCGCUCGCGAUGGCCAUCAUUAUCUUCGCUACCGUCAUGUUCUACGCGGAAAAGAACGUCGACGGUACCAACUUUACCUCGAUACCUUCCGCCUUCUGGUACACCAUCGUAACGAUGACUACGCUGGGCUACGGUGACAUGGUUCCGAAAACGAUUGCGGGAAAAAUCGUCGGGGGUGUAUGCUCCUUGAGCGGUGUCCUAGUGAUCGCUUUACCGGUGCCUGUUAUCGUCAGUAAUUUCAGCAGAAUAUAUCAUCAAAAUCAACGUGCUGAUAAACGGAAGGCACAAAGGAAAGCUAGAUUGGCACGUAUCAGAAUCGCGAAGGCGUCGAGCGGUGCCGCUUUCGUAAGCAAAAAGAAGGCAGCGGAGGCUCGUUUGGCCGCUCAGGAGAGCGGGCUGCAGUUGGAGGAGUUUUACAAAGAAGAGGAUAUCUUCGAGCUGCAACAUCAUCACCUACUUCGUUGCUUGGAGAAGACCACGGACCGCGAAUUUGUGGAGAUGGAGGUGCCGUACAACGGCGCUCCGAAGAGACCGGGCUCGCCAUCGCCCCUGACCUCCCCCGCGCACAGCACUGCCUCCAGGGGCGGCCUGCUGCAGUCUUGCUGCGGGCGCUGCUAUCCCCAACGUUACCAGCCGAAGGAACAGCGGGAGCCUGUAGUGGAGCAUCCACUUCAGAUCAGCCAGGACCUAAAGAAGCGCGAUUCCCACAUCUGCGACAUGCAGGCCCUACAGCCACUUCCGGCCCCCACCAACACCGCCAACACCGCGCCCGCCAUGACUACUUCCGGUGGGCAGCCACCGCUCCCGGUAUCGGAGACCGUUUGAAUCACGAUGAUCACGAGAACCGAUCACGAUCGUCCGUGUGCGAUGCGCUAGCCACGCAUUAUCACACCACCACUCACCUAUAAACUCACCGCCGUCCUUCUCCACUCGCUGAACCCGAUGAACGAACCACGGCCGACCACGGUCGAAGCAACGUAAAAACGAGUCGUUUGCAUCGAUGCCACGCGACGAUGGAGAUCGUCAUCAGAUUCAACGGCACUCUGAACCGCGGUUUCGCAAGCGGAUUGAUUCCCCGGAGAGGACGGAACGAUCGUUCGUUAUUCAGCGGGAUCUAUACAGAGGAUCUGGGAGGAUCUAUACCAUCGCGAUGUGGAUCGAUUGUUAUCGAAGUACGAGGACCGACGCGCGGUUCCUCCUAUGCGAUCGUAGUCCUGUUAGAAUUUCCGACAAUUCGCAAAUUUCCGUUUGACGGAAAAAUGUCUCGUAUUAGCAACGUUUGUUCGCAUGUCCUCGUUGCAAUCGCAAUACCUGGUUACAUGCCGGAUGGAUUUCUGCAGGAAGAGAAAAGCGAUUGAGCACUUCCUGAUGAAAUCCGUUUAUGCCAUAUGACAGUUAAUUAAAUUAAUUGAUUAAAUUGUGCCAGCGACGAGUUCGCAAAAUGGAUAACCCAGGUGUGGCUAAGUGAUUGCGAUUAGAGUUGCGCAAUUAUAUGGGAUUUGUCCGUGCGAGAUCGAGUUCUUGGGGGUUUUGCAACAUGUUACUUCGCGUCAGGCCGUCCCUUAUAUAAAUAAUGUUCUUUCAGUGAUUCUUAAAGGAAAAGAAGAGAUAUAUUGUUUAUUGCGAUUGUUCAAAUAGCUCGUAAAAUUUAUUAAUUACGUCGGAAUUAUAAAUUCACUUGCGCUAUAAAAGCAGCGUUACUCGACAUAAACUUGAUGAUUUUUAAUAUCUUACUAUAUUAAUUGUGGAAUAGAGAGUCAUAAAUUCAUAUGAAUAUAAUCGCAGUUAAACUGCAGCUUACAUUUACUUCUAAGUUAAUUUUCUUCCUGUCAUUGAGGAACUAUAUCUCUAUAUCAUAUGAUUAUGAUUCACAAUCAGGUAAUAUUUAAUGGUAUGUAGAGACGAAA